GGAUCGAUGACUAUGAAUUCACAGACAGUGGGGAUCUGGGCAGACUGACCAAACGGAAGGAGCCAAAGCUGGUGCACAUGGGUCCGACAAACCCCCACCUGAUCCUCAUGGUGCUGCCCCCACACCGUCUGGACAACAAGCAGCAACACAGCCACCGCAAGAAACGGGCACUGGACACAGCUUAUUGCUUCAGGAACGAUGAAGAUAAUUGUUGUGUGCGUCCUCUCUAUAUCGACUUCAGACAGGACCUCAGAUGGAAAUGGAUACAUGAGCCCAAAGGAUACUAUGCAAAUUUCUGCGCAGGUCCCUGCCCAUAUCUACGCAGCACCGAUACCCAGCACAGCACGGUUCUGGGACUGUACAACACAUUAAACCCAGAAGCAUCAGCGACCCCAUGUUGUGCUCCUCAGGACCUCGAGCCUCUUACCAUCCUGUACUAUGUUGGUCGAACACCCAAAGUGGAACAGCUGUCCAACAUGAUUGUCAAGUCGUGUAAAUGUAGCUGAGAUCCCUUGCGUUGUGUGUCAGUGCAGCUGGGUGGUGAGGUUUGCAUGUUUAGGUGCGCAAGGGAUAGGGGUGUAUGUGUACAAGGAACCUGUGUGUGUAUGUGUCUGAGGUCUGUUUGAGUAAUGUACGUGUGAGCAGCCUGAGACCUGAAAAGCCACUGUCCUGUUGGUGCAGGCUGGAGAGAGAUGGUCCCUGGCUGAACUGGCAGGAGAAACUCAACAAAGACAAAAAGGGGAAACGUCUGAGGAAGAACCUCAAAUCUGAAUCACCCGAGACCAGAGUGGGACGGAGUGACCGAUUGUCCAAUCACGCUGUGCUGAUGGGUCUUUGAGCUGUGUCCUUGUUGUGGAUUUUAUGGACAACAAACAGAUGGAA